AUGACUGUCAAAGUUUACAUUGUGUACUACUCAAUGCUUGGGCACGUGGAAAGAUUAGCUCAAGAAAUAAAGACAGGAGCCGAUUCUGUACCAGGGGUUGAGUCCCAACUAUGGCAGGUACCCGAGACACUAUCAACUGAGGAGCUUGAGGCAUUGAGAGCACCGCCCAAGAGUGAUGUACCAAUCAUCACCAGAAAUGAGCUCCGUGAUGCUGAUGGUUUUGUCUUUGGCUUCCCAACAAGAUUUGGAAUGAUGGCUGCUCAGUUUCAAGCUUUCCUCGACUCAAUCGGAUUACUAUGGGACGAAGAAGAUCAAUUUCUUGAAGGCAAGCCUGCUGGAAUGUUCUUCAGCACCGGUUGCCAAGGUGGUGGACAAGAAACUACAGCGCUCACUGCUAUCCCUCAGUUGGUUAAUCAUGGAUUGUUGUUUGUUCCAAUUUUGUAUACAUUGGGUGCUGGAAUCAGUGGAAUGUUUGAGAUCGAGGAAGUGAGGGGUGGGAGUCCCUUUGGUUCUGGAACAUAUGCUGGUACUGAUGGCAAAAGGAACCCAACUGAGAUUGAGCUGAGGCAAGCAUUCCACCAAGGGAAAUGUAUAGCCGCCAUCUCAAAGAAGCUUAAGCGAGAUCCUCAAAAUUAUCUCCAUAAUAUUGCUCGCAGAUGGUGACCAAUGGUUGUUUUCUGAGUUCUUAUUUCUGUGGUAAUGGUUGUUUUCUUUUCAACAAGACAAUGUUUUGCAUUGAGUGUUGUGGUUUCAUUGCACUGUACAUUGGUCAUUGAUGUUUGUUUUUUUUCUAGCUCAGAAUGUAACGAGUUCUUGUUUUGUGUUUCCAUUUUAAUGAAUAUGAUUGCUUAUUUUCUAAA